CUUGACUCUACGUUUACCACCACAACACAGUCAUCCUCAAAUGUCAGGACCAGCCGGACAACACUACGACUUUUUAAUCAAGCUCCUCCUUAUCGGUGAUUCUGGUGUCGGCAAGUCAUGUCUCCUCUUGCGAUUCUGUGAGGAUUCUUGGACUCCUUCUUUCAUCACCACUAUCGGUAUUGACUUUAAGAUCCGAACAAUCGAGCUCGAUGGGAAGCGAAUCAAGUUGCAGAUUUGGGAUACUGCUGGGCAAGAACGUUUCCGAACCAUCACAACUGCUUACUACAGAGGUGCCAUGGGUAUCUUGCUGGUCUAUGACGUUACAGAUGAAAAGUCCUUUAACAACAUCCGAACCUGGCUCUCCAACAUUGAACAACAUGCAUCGCCCGGCGUGAACAAGAUUCUUAUCGGUAACAAGUGCGACUGGGAGGAGAAGCGAUCUGUUACGAUUGAGCAAGGACGUGCGCUUGCCGACGAGUUUGGACUGCGUUUCUUGGAGACUAGUGCGAAAGCAAACGAAGGUGUGGAGGAGGCAUUUUUCACAUUGGCCAGAGAUAUCAAGACUCGUUUGAUUGAUUCUCAACCCCAAGAAGCCGCCCCUGUUCAACUUGGUGCGGACCGUAACGGUGUGAAUGUCAACAAGCAAAGCGAUUCUUCUUCUGGCGGGUGUUGCUAACCGCAAUGGAUAUGAAUUCUGUAUUCGUCGUCCUUUUGGCAGCAAAGGAGCGGCAGUCAAUGAGCACGUGUAUUGCCUUGAUAUAAAUGACCAUGGAUGCCCGUCAACAUACAGUUAUCCUAUCAUAGUUUUUUUUUUUAACUUUACCGAAGGUCUUUCAGUAGUCCUUUUUUUCUUCCUUCUCCGUUUUGACCUAGCUUUUUUUUCUCGCGAGAUUCUAUGUAUUGUACGUGACAAAUAUGCUUUUUCUAUCCAGAUACACGCACAUCGAAUAGUCUUUUUUUUCCCCUUCUUUUCGUGAAGCAAUCCGCUUAUACCCAAUGCAUGAAGAUUAUUCCCUA